UUGGCAGUGCUGUAGGAGGGAGUGUUUGGAUUAUGUUAGCCCACAGUGGCUUUGAGUUCCAGCUACUGUGACAUGCUGAGGGAGCGAGCGAGAAAGAGAGAGAAAACUGCAGCAGAUCAGGAUCAGAUAGCAAAGAAAGAGAGAGAGGGAGAGGGAGAGGGAGAGACACCAAUUAAAACAUUGGCGAUGGAGAUGGAACUGCCUCCAACACACAACAAGUAGACGACCCUGCACAACUCCAAGCAGGAUCUAAAGGAGGAAAAGAUAUCACAUGUUUUUUGUACUGGGAGAUUGUUACUUAGCCCAAGUCUAGCAGUGGCAGUGGUGUGUGCAAUAUUGUUUUUUUUUUGGAGGGGGAGGAAAGGAUUGAGCUAUAGUUGAAGAUUACUCUUGCUUCACUAACAUUACUAUCGGGGGGAGACCUGGAAGACACUGCAAGAGGACUGAUGGAGAUGAACAAGUUCAAGGGUUUUUUAUGCUUCUGUCUGAAAUGGAUGGAUUGGUUUUAUCCAUAGGUGUUUAAAAUAAAAAACAAUUAUAAAGCCAGACGGAAAAUGGGAAGCUUCAGCUAGAGAAGAGGGGAUACGAAGUAACUGAAAGGGUCUAACUGGAUUUAUAUAUGACGACUGAAAGAGCUGAAAAACCUGGACUUCAUGCUGAAUGUUUUGUGAACAUUAAGUAGGGACACAGGUCUACGACAUACCCAGGGCCACGAUUCUUGCACUAGACAGGGAUGAGUGUUGGCAGAAUAAACCUUUACAGCAUUGUAUCUUCAGAAGAAGACGGCCUAAGGCUGACCACCAUGCCUGGAGUAAACGGUUUUGGAAACGGCAAAAUUCACACCCGGAGGAAGUGCAGGAACAGGUUUGUGAAGAAAAAUGGACAGUGCAACGUCCAGUUCACCAACAUGGAUGACAAGUCUCAAAGAUACAUGGCUGAUAUGUUCACAACAUGUGUGGACAUCCGCUGGCGGUACAUGCUGUUGGUCUUCUCCCUUGCCUUUUUGAUAUCAUGGCUGCUGUUUGGAUUUGCUUUUUGGCUGAUCGCCCUCAUCCACGGAGAUCUAGACAACCCUGCGGGUGAUGACAACUUCAAGCCUUGUGUUUUGCAAGUCAAUGGCUUCAUAGCUGCUUUUCUUUUCUCCAUUGAAACUCAGACCACCAUUGGAUAUGGGUUUCGCUGUGUCACUGAGGAAUGUCCUGUUGCUGUUUUCAUGGUGGUCUUUCAAUCCAUCGUUGGGUGUAUUAUCGACUCUUUCAUGAUUGGUGCAAUCAUGGCAAAGAUGGCACGGCCAAAGAAGAGAGCCCAAACCUUACUUUUCAGUCAUAAUGCUGUAAUAGCGAUGAGGGAUGGGAAGCUUUGUCUCAUGUGGCGAGUCGGGAACCUUAGGAGGAGUCACAUUGUUGAGGCCCACGUCAGGGCUCAGUUGAUUAAGCCACGCAUCACAGAAGAAGGGGAAUACAUACCCCUUGACCAAAUUGACAUAAACGUUGGGUUUGAUAAAGGUUUAGACCGUAUCUUCUUGGUUUCUCCAAUAACAAUUAUUCACGAAAUUGAUGAGGAGAGUCCUUUAUAUGGCAUAAGCAAACAGGAAUUAGAAACGGCAGAUUUUGAAAUUGUGGUUAUACUUGAAGGGAUGGUGGAAGCCACCGCUAUGACAACCCAAGCCCGUAGCUCAUACCUGGCAAGUGAGAUUCUUUGGGGCCACAGGUUUGAACCUGUCCUCUUUGAGGAGAAAAACCAAUACAAAGUGGACUAUUUCCACUUCCACAAAACCUACGAGGUGCCCUCAACUCCACGCUGUAGUGCCAAGGACAUGAUUGAGAAUAAAUUCCUGGUUCCUAGUACCAACUCUUUCUGUUAUGAAAAUGAACUUGCUUUUAUGAGCAGGGACGAGGAAGAUGACGAGGACAGCCGAGUGCUGGAUGACUUGAGUCCAGACAGUAGGCAUGAAUUUGAUAGACUACAAGCCACCAUAGCACUGGAUCAGAAGUCAUACAGGCGGGAAUCAGAGAUAUGACCCCUAACCAUUGACCUUGUGUCAGCUUUUUUUGGUUUGUUUUGUUUGUUUUAAUGAAUACAUGCAGAACAAUGCAAGUGCCAUCGGACAACUUAACUACUGUAAUAACAAAUCAGUGGGCAAGAUUCUUGUGAAUCUAGAAGAGUAAGCAGAAAUACUGAAACAAAAUACAAUUACCAAAUAUUGUGGUAAGAAAAACAAAAAAUAAAUAUGGCUUCCUGGAAGUAUGUCCGAGACUAAGAAAUCAGGUGACAUAAAAUUAUCUUGUUUCUUAAUGAAAACUUGAAUUUUUUUUUUUGUAAGAUGGCUGAAAGCUUAAAAUAAAAUAAUACAAAUAAAUGUAAUAUAGAAAUUAAAGAGAUUAUUUAGCAUUGAUCUGUAAAUAGGUUGCCUAGGUAAGUUAUAUGUUGUAACUAAACAAUUGGAAUUGCAAUGUUUUUUGCCUGCUUUUUUAAGCUCCUAGGACACCAGCGUGAAUGCAGUAUUGCCACAAUUAAGAGAUAAUGUAGUUAUCCACAUUUGAAAACUUGGGCAUAUACACAAAGGAGCUAUAGAUUUGUGGUGCAUGCAAAUUUCCUUGGACUCACACUGCAACAAUGCACAGCAAAUAAGCCACACACUCUGAGUGACUACUAUGUUGGCAAGCACAAUUUACUGUAGAAUAUGUAAAAUUACUGGUACAAAAAGCUUGACAAAACAGACAUGGCAAACAGGCUUAACCCUUUGAGAACUGAAUUUAUUUUACACCUCUAAAAUGACAUGGAAGCUGGUGAAUAUUAAGGAAAUGUAAUUUAAAUAAAGAAGACACAAUCCUAGUAAAGGAAAGCAAUAUUGCCAUGAACAGAUCCAUCAUUUUACUACCAUAUACUGUUAAAUAGUCAUAAACUGUGUGCAUUCACAGGUGACCUCCUGAAUAUAGGGGAAGCAGUGAACUUAGUACUCAAUUGAAACAAAUACUUUCUAGUUCCUCCAGUUGAAUUACAGUAAUUGGUGGUAAAGUAAAAUAAGUAAAGUUUAAAACGUACAUACACUAAUUCAUCAAAUUGAAACUUGAAAAUCAGCACCUUCUGAACUGCAUCCAGUUGAAGGACAUAUUGUCAGAAAAGUUUUAUUAGUUAGCUAUAACUUUCCUUCUCUUUUUUUAUUUUUACAACUUGCACAAAACAGUUAAACUAUAUUAUAUACAGUAUAUACAAAAGUAGCUUUCGAGUUCAGACGAGAGAAAGCAGUAGCUAUAUAACUAUCGGUAAUCAGGAUAUGCAAAUUUCAACAUUACAAGAGCCAAUCAAAUCAUGUGAAAGUCACCAAAAGUCUCCUACAUUCACAGUGCUUCAAAAGUCACUGUAACUGCAAACAUGUUUCGUCCUGUUUGGGGCUCAUCGGUGCAGCAUAACUGUAAUCCAAUUAGUGAAAGUAAUUAAGUCAAGUAAAUCAAGUUAAGGCAAAAGAAAGCAGUAUCUACAGAAUUAUGGGUAAUCAGGAUAUGCACAGCCCCAAACAGGGCAAAACAUGGCUGCAGUUACUGUACUCUGACUUUUAAAGUGCUGUAAAUGUAGAAACCUUUUGGCAACUUUCACAUGAUUUGAUUGGCUCUUGUAAUGCUGAAAUGUGCAUAUCCUGAUUACACAUAAUUAUAUAUAUAUAUAACAUAUUUUCACAUUGGUUAAUAAGGCUAAUAUUCCCGAAGGAUUCAGAAAACAGCUGCACAGGAAAUUAAUCCACUUCACCAGUCAAUAUGAAGAGUCUGGAAAAUGGAAAAAUGCGUUAUGUGAAUUAGAUGUAAUAAAAUGUUUUUUUUGUUUGUUUUUUUUUUACUUCCUUGGUUAUUAGUGCUUCCAAAUAUGUAUUCAAAUAAUACCCCCAAAUAAUAAUCAGUUGUCAUAUAUCAGAAAUACAUCUAUGUUAAACAAAACUCUUUAAAAUUAUUUGAACCAUACCAAUAUUAUAAUUGCAUUUACAACUAAAAUUCAGACUAUUAACCCCUGUUCAGUAUUAAUUUGCCAUGGAUCCUGUUUCUCCCUAAUGCCUUAUUGAAAAGCAAUAAAUUAACCACAAAAUGAAUUAAAUAACUUCAUCAUAGUGUGUACUGUAUCAUCAACCUUUGUGUACAAUGCUAUUGUAACGUGAAGCAAUACAGAAUGCAGUGUAUGUUUUUGAGGCAGUAGCUACAGGAAUGCAGUUGCAAAUGUGUUUUCUUCUAAUAUCAAAGCUAUUUAAAAAAAACAGAAAAAGCAACUCGUUCUGCUGUUCAUAUGUAUGUUACUUUUAUUAGACUAAAGCAAACAUAAGGUCAUUCUGUCAUGACUUUACUUGACUUUACAUACUAGUCGUGGUCCACUGACAUAAGUAUACAUUUACUACAUUUGCUAUUUAAUACUGUUUAUUAUAAAGAAAGCUAUUUAGAUAGAGAUUAACAUUUUGAAUUUACCAUUUGAUAUGAAUUUUCCUUUUUGAUUUUGUAAAAUAAGAAAACCCAAAAAGCUUUACCUUGUUGUAUCUCACAGAACACAGUGUCUUGAUGUUACAAUCUUAUAUUAUUAUAUAUAAAUAUUGACCACAUUUCUAUGUAAAAAGAGAAAUUGCAACUCUUUCCAUAUGAUAAAGAGAUAUAUUGAUAUAGUGGAUUUUGCCUGUCCUAGGGAAACGAUUCAGGUAGUUUCAUGCAAACUUGUUCAUCAUUAAAAUGAUUUAGCUCACAAAACCACUGCAUACAUCUUAUCUGUUUGCAUUUCCAUUAGCAACAUAGGCCUUGAAUGUGCAGCUUUGAAAGAAACAUGAUAUCUGGUACUACUUUAGGUUAAAGAAAGGUCUCAGUUUCUGUGCCUUAUUCUCAGGAUAACUGUUACACUUGCACUUCCUGGAUCAUUUUACCACAGCAGUGUCUUCUGAGUCAUGUUAAAAGCAUGCCAGCUGGUUGGUUAAUUAGAGGAAAGAAGCCAUUGAGGUGUGGGGAUCAACGAUGUGCAUCCCUAACUAAAAGCAUGGCUUGCAAACAGAGACUUUAACCUAGUACCAGAUAUUAUGUUUUAAGAUAAAAAUACAUACUAUACAUACAUGUGUUUCUUUCAAAACUGCACAUUUGAGACCUAUGAAGCACAACAGGUUAGAUUCGUGGGAUUGUUUUGUUAGCUCUGUGUACUUUAAUAACAUGAUCACCUAAAGAAGUGUUCAUGCAUAUAAAUAACAACGGUGUAAGAAACUGCGAGACUUCUCUGCACUUCUCUGUAUUUAGGGCGGGUACAAAUUCUCAUAUCUUUGAUCUCUCUUUUUUAAAGGUUAGAUCUUUGCUAUCAACCCUCUCCUUCAUAUAUGUAUAGCAGUCACUGCUGGGAGUUACUUUAAUAUUCUUUCAGGUCAAAUAUUGCACUGUUGUGAUACCACAAAGUACCUCCAGAAGUGAGUUAUUUUUAUGAGUAACUCGACUCCAAUAUGAUGUUUGCAAUCGUUCUGAGUGGUCCUGUUGAUGUAAUAUUUAGUUGUUAUCAUGUUUCUCUAGAUCUGUCUUUACCUGUAUGUGAGCUUGUCUGGAUACAGAUUCCUAUUGCAUUAAAAUUGCUGUAUGUGUCAAAAGGCUAGGCCAGCAGAGUUACAGGGAGUCACAUGGUUCACUGGAAUGAGGAAGUCUAUUCAGUGCAAGGCCGUUAGAAUCCUCCAGGUGAGCUCAAAGCAAGAUGAAGCAGGUAAAGUACUAACUCAGUACAGGAGCAACACAACCCAGAACCGCUCAGGAUGAUUGCAAACACCACACAAAGGUAAGGGUGGGGUGAACAAAUAAAAAGAAAUGACAUUUCAGUCUAUUUUUAAUUGAAUAAUUCUAAGUUUUAAAAUUGAAAACUCUAGGACCCCCAACAUCAUUUUGAAUUGUCUGAUGUAUGUGUACAUGACUGAUUACACUAUGUAACAAAAUUUUUGUUCCUGGGUAGUAAGUGUUAUUUCCUAAUUGCUUA